CAUAACUGUUAUUAUUUGAAAAUUACUAAACAAUGUAAUAUAUAGAUUUUUCGAUUUGUAAUACUUUUAAUACAAUUUACUGUUUAGAAUUAUUACCAAAUUGUAUUUUGGUUUUUAUUUUAACAAACCUCAAGAUAAUAUUGUAAUCAUUUUCAGUUGAACACUUAAGUCUAAAUACCUACAAAAAAUGUCUGACCUUAGAAAACGCCGUUCCAGUUUUUUUCAAAAACCAGUUGAAGGUAUUUCAUAUUCAUUUUAAAUAUUACUAAAUAGUAUGUAUAUAAUUAUAAACAAUUUUAGAGAGCACUGAAAAAGAAUUGGAAUUGUUUGAAGGCAUGGACUGGGUACUUGCAGAAAGUAAAGAGAUAACUUCUAAAUCACUAUUAUUUGGUGAUCAAGGGAAAAAAAUAUUAAAAGAGUAAGUUUGUUUUUAGAAUAAAUAUGUUUACUUUUAAAUGUUCUUAUAUGAGUUGUUGGAAAUUGGUAAAACUAUUUUAAUCUAUGAAUUUGUAAGGAUAUACAAUUUCUAGUUUUUUAUAGUAAUACAAACUAAUAUAAUUUUGGUAGGCAGGUAGGUACUUAAAAAUAAUGGCGUGAACAGCAUUAUAGAAAAGAACUGAUUUUGAUGUUAUAUAAAAACAUGCUAAACUAUUUUCAAUUAUAUAUAUUUUUAUGGGAAAUAAGAACUAUGUUAGUGAAAUCUUGACUUACUCAACUAGUAAGUAUUUACAAUAGUUAAAGCAAAAUUAUUUAAAUAUGUAAACUAUUCAAGUAGAUGGUAUUUAGUUAUCAUUAUUUUAUUAAUAAAUUGUUUUCAUAAUAAUUCAAUAACCACGAGCAAGGAAACUUAAGCUUAUUUUCACUAUGUACAGUAAGAGCUAACCGAUGGUUUAAUUUACCAGUUUUUAGGAAAUAUAACUGCCAUUUAGUGUAACUGGACAAUUUAAGAAUGAACCUUAGACAUUUAUUAUUUUUGUAAUAUUUUACAAUGUAAAUAUUUGCAAUUAAGAUUUAUACAUAUGUAUAAAAUGAAUCAUAUUUUUAUAAUGUGUUUCUUAGAUAUGCUGAUAAAUUGAAGAGUCGCGAAUUAGAGCAUACAAUAUUGAUAUCUUAUAAACAAGAAGAAAUAAUUAACUUAAAAGAGUAUGUGUUUAAUAUAUAUGAAAUUGAUUAAGUUAUGAAAUAUUUAUUUUAAAUUGCAUUAUUUUCAGGAAAUUGCGUAAAAAAAAAGUAGAAUUGAAUUGGGAAACAGCUUGUGAAGGACUAACAGAUUUUGAAAAAGAUUUUGUCAACAAUAGGCCUGAUUAUAAGUCUUUAGUACAAAAAGUACAUUUGCUCACAUUAAAAACAUGUUUAGCUAAGAAAGCUAAUGACGAACUGAAUGCAAUUUCGAAUGCAUUUAUUAGGCGAGGUAAUGAACAAAUACAUAAAUUGCAAGAAGUUUUCAUUGAUCAAAUUAUAGAAGAUAGUGGUGUUAGUAUUUCAUAUAAUGACAGUAAUGUAGAUUCAUCUACUACAGAAUCUGAAGAUGAAUGUUUAAAUUCAAAUUCAAAUUAAAUUGUAUAAGAAUAGUAAAAAGUUAAACACAUAUUUUAUAUUAUAUAAUAUAUUAUAUUAUUAUUUAAAAAAGGUAUUCUUUUUUUAAUACAUAUUAGAUUUUUGAGUUAAUAAAUGAAUAAAUCCUAAUACAAAGCAAAUCAGUUCAAAAGUUAAUUCUAUAUAACCGAUAACUAUUUCUAAAUAAAUUACAUAUGUCUGCCAUUUAAUUAAAUAUAAUGUACCCAAUAUUGUUGAGAUGUUAAGAACUGUAGAUAUAACGAUUGGUGGUGCUUUAUCAGUAAGGUUUCCUUUGCUGCCCAAAGCCAUACGACUUUUUUGUACUGGGUACAAUAAUGCAACCAUAAGCCAUUCAAUUACUGCUGUCUUAGUCGAAUAUGGUAAUUUGUAUGUUUUUAAUAUGUAAACUAUUAUUUCAAUAAAGUAGUACAAUAAAAAAAAAUACUUGUUAAAAUAUAGUAUAACUUGGUAAUGUAAAGAUGGAGCCAUUUUUUGUAAAUAUUAAUUUAUUAUUAUUUUUUUUUAAUAAACUGAUUAUGCAUUUGUUUAUAUUUAUUACUUAUAAUGGUUGCUAGGAUACUAGGUAUGCUAUUAUCAAUUGCCCC